CCUCGACUCCAGUUCAUCUCCAAACAUCGACACAGGACUCUUUUCAUUGACAACAACGCCGAUAUAAACAAAAGUAAUUAUCGCAAUGUCGUCACCCGCAAAACGACGACAAAAGGCCUCCGCCGCUGGAACUCCGAAACGCUCAUCACAACGCAGUUCCCAGGCCCCUCCCAGUAGUCCUCCAGACCCGUCUGCUGCGCAAUUGCUGGGUGAAGCCGCCUCUUCUUCCCAGGCUAGCCGGGGCCAUGGCACUCCUAGACGCCAAAUAAAGUCAUCAUCGCCCAUGAAUUACCAAUCUUCACCGGUCGCUGGGCGACAAGAUGCCGCUUCCCCCUUCAGUCGGGGAACUCCAGAUAUUGCUAUGACAGAUGGCGAUCGCACCCCUCGGGCCACUGGACAACUGAUGAGAGAUUCAUCUCCUAUUCGAUACGCUUCAACAUCCAGUCCUGGCCGAGAUUUGCGCCAACAAUCCGAUGCCCCAACGGAGAGCAGUGGACUCUUUCUUCGCUCUACGCAGUCCAUACCGCCAAGUAGCUCCGGUUUGAAUAGGUCUAGCCGCGGUGAUAUUAAUCCCGACCGUAGCGCAGCUUCUGGAGUUCGAAAGCGUAUUUUCCUCGAUGAGAAUGGGAAUGUCGUCCACAAUGUUCCUGACGGGUCAGAUGCUCCGACAUUCUCAAAUAACGAUCCUACAACUUCAGAUGCUGACGCCCUUGGAGGGGGUUCCGGCAAUAUCUAUAACACAGUCUGGGGUACAAACAUCUCCGUUAUUGAUGCCUCAAAGACAUUCGAAGGCUUUUUGCGUAAUUUCACCAAAAAGUAUCGGAUGUGGGCGGACGGUAUGACUGUGGCAGAAACCCAAGAGGACGAAACAUCGGAGUCGAAAGUAUACAUGGACAAGAUGAAGGACCUGCUAGAGCUUGCACACUCCAGCUUACACAUAGACUUUAUGGAUCUCAAAGCAUACCCUCCUACCCUGAAGCUUCAUCAUCAGGCCCAGGCCUAUCCACAAGAAAUGAUCCCAUUGAUGGAUCAAGUGGUUCACAAUAUCAUGGUACAGCUUGCAGAGGAGGAAGUCAAGCGAGAGAGAGCCGCAGAGUCUCAAAGCACGAACGGCCUAUCCCAAGCGCACCACAUUCCUAGCUCGGAUAUGCCAAUCCCAAGCUCCGACAGGGGUGACAUGGAGAUGACGCCAGGGCCAACGCAACCAACUCAAUCAAGGAAGAAACGCGAUAUCUUAGCUGAAGUGGACGAAGCAAAAUAUAAAGUUCGCCUGUUUGGAAUUGAAAAAACUAUCAAUCUCAGAGACCUCGACCCCUCUGACAUGGAUAAGAUGAUCUCAGUCAAAGGCCUUGUCAUCCGCACAACACCCAUCAUCCCCGACAUGGCAGAGGCCUUUUUCCGCUGCCAAGCAUGCAACCAUACAGUUACGGUCGAAAUCGAGCGUGGCAAGAUUGCAGAGCCUACCCAGUGCCCUCGUACAGUCUGUAAAUCACCGAACUCGAUGCAGAUUGUGCACAACAGGUCAAACUUUUGUAACAAACAAGUUAUCAAGCUUCAAGAGACCCCCGAUUCAGUCCCGGCUGGUCAGACGCCGCAUUCCGUUUCUCUCUGCGCAUACGAUGACCUCGUUGAUCUCUGCAAGGCUGGUGACCGAGUCGAAAUCACUGGUAUCUUCCGAUGCAAUCCGGUUCGGGUGAACCCCGCACAGCGCACGCUGAAGAAUGUGUUCAAGACUUACGUGGAUGUCGUCCACAUCCAAAAGGUAGACAAGAAACGCAUGGGCAUCGACGUCUCUACUGUUGAAGGCGAUGGCUCAUCUACGGAUGCAGAUGGUGAUGUCGAGGGGAAGAGAAAGAUUUCAGACGAGGAUAUCGAAAAAAUCAAGGUCACUGCGGCUAGGCCUGACAUUUACGAUCUUUUAUCCCGCUCUCUUGCGCCAAGUAUUUUUGAGAUGGACGAUGUAAAGAAGGGCAUACUUCUGCAACUUUUCGGUGGCACAAACAAAUCGUUCGAGAAAGGAGGUAGCCCGAAGUACCGUGGAGACAUCAAUAUCCUCCUGUGCGGCGAUCCGUCUACGUCAAAGUCUCAGAUUCUUAAGUAUGUACACCAAAUCGCCCCGCGAGGUGUCUAUACCAGUGGAAAGGGCUCUUCUGCCGUUGGUUUGACCGCCUAUGUCACUCGUGACCAGGAGACGAAGCAACUCGUUCUUGAGUCUGGUGCUCUAGUCCUCUCUGAUGGAGGAGUCUGCUGCAUUGAUGAAUUUGACAAGAUGUCCGAAUCUACUCGAUCGGUGCUGCACGAAGUCAUGGAGCAACAGACAGUUUCCAUUGCAAAGGCUGGCAUCAUCACCACACUGAACGCUAGAACCAGUAUUCUCGCCUCUGCCAAUCCUAUUGGCAGCAAGUAUAACCCCAACCUUCCUGUUCCUCAAAAUAUCGACCUUCCGCCUACUCUGCUAUCCCGUUUUGAUCUCGUCUAUCUCAUUCUUGACCGAAUCGACGAGACCAAUGACAGGAGGCUAGCGAGGCAUUUACUCGGCAUGUACUUGGAAGACACGCCACAGAGUGCCGGGAAUAUGGAGAUUCUUCCAAUCGAGUUUCUCACAUCAUACAUUUCCUACGCCCGCAACGUAUGCCAGCCACGCAUCACUGAAGAGGCUUCAAAGGAGCUUGUAAAGGCCUAUGUCGACAUGCGCAAGCUAGGCGAAGAUGUCCGCUCCGCAGAACGCCGCAUCACCGCGACGACAAGACAGCUCGAAUCAAUGAUCCGUCUCUCCGAGGCCCAUGCUAAGAUGCGUCUCUCACUGGAAGUCACGCGUGACGAUGUCCUCGAAGCUGUCCGUUUAAUCAAAUCGGCCCUGAAGCAGGCUGCUACGGAUGCACGAACUGGACUUAUUGACAUGAGCCUGCUCACUGAGGGAACAAGCGCUAGUGAGAGGAGGAGAAGGGCUGAUUUGAAGAAUGCUUUGCUCCUCUUAUUGGACAAUAUGGUUAGGCAAGGUCAAGCCGCUCGGUACAGCGAGGUUCAAAAAAGACUCAACGAGGAAAGUAGUAUUCCAGUUGAGGCUCCGGAGUUUUCAGAUACCAUAAGAUUACUUGAGCAGGAGGGUUCCAUAAUGGUGGUUGGCGAGGGGCCGAGAAAGAGCAUCAGGAGAGUUGCCGGAGCUUAGUUGUUGGCAAAGUACAUUGUGCUAUGAGGUGGCGUUUGGGUUGGGUAUGAUGAACGACGUGAUUGUGUUGGAAUUAUAUAUUCCGAGUUAUGGUGUGCAUGAUAUUAGAGGGUAGCUGUCUGGGAAGAAAUGGAAUGUUGGGGGUAUGGCGACGGCACGGGAAGCUGGGUACUUUGAUGAAAGCUAAACUAGAGCUCCAUAUGAGCCAAGACAGAAAUGUAUAUGAUGUUAAGACAUGUGUCUAGGAGGU